GCGGCCGCCAGGGGGGGGCGCUGAGCUCAGAGCUGCCGCAGCGCCCCAGCCGGAGCAGGAGCGCGCGAGACAGCAGGGCGCUAGGAGCGAGCGGCGGCUGGCGAAGCACUCCAGGCCCGGGCUCUACUUCACCUCGGCUCGGGGCUCGCGCCUCGUCUGCUGCAGACCAGCCUGAACGCCUGGCCACGGCCCGAUCCGCCCGAGCCCACCCCGGCCCAGCCCAGCCGAGCCCGUGCGUCCGCCUGCCGCAGCCUCUGCCGCAGCCGCCACUCCAUCCCCAACCCGGGCCCCGCAUCUAGGCCGCCAGGAUGGACGUGUUCAUGAAGGGCCUGUCCAUGGCCAAGGAGGGCGUCGUGGCCGCCGCGGAGAAAACCAAGCAGGGGGUCACCGAGGCCGCGGAGAAGACCAAGGAGGGUGUCCUCUACGUCGGAAGCAAAACCCGAGAGGGGGUGGUACAAGGAGUGGCCUCAGUGGCUGAGAAAACCAAGGAGCAGGCAUCACACCUGGGAGGAGCCGUGUUCUCUGGGGCUGGGAACAUUGCAGCAGCCACAGGUCUGGUGAAGAAGGAAGAGUUCCCUGCUGAUCUGAAGCCAGAGGAAGUGGCCCAGGAAGCUGCUGAGGAGCCACUGAUCGAGCCCCUGAUGGAGCCUGAAGGGGAGAGUUAUGAGGAACAGCCCCAGGAGGAGUAUCAGGAGUAUGAGCCAGAGGCGUAAGGGCCCAGGACGGCCCCCCACCAGCAGCACAAUCCCUUCCCGGUCCCCUGCCCCGCCCCCCAGAGCCAGGGCUGUCCUUCUACCCCUUCCCCUCAAAACACGAGAUCUUCCUUCGCUCCGAGGCGCCCCCUCGGAGCCCGUGUUUGAGUCUAUCUGUCUGUCCUUCCCGCCCGCGUCCAACCCUGGGGCGUGGACAGGGCUGGGGCUGCGGCCAAGGCUGGGAGCCUCGCAGCACGUAUGUUGCCCCUUCCGCGCCCCAUCCCGUAUGGUGUCUGCGCGGUUGUAGCAUGUUCUAUGUGUUUUUAAACGAACAGGAAAGCGACGGCUCCCCUCCACCCCCCGAUAGAGGCUCUCUGAAGGGCCUCCGGGCACCCCCGCCAAAGUCCUCCAGAGCACUCCCACAUCGACCCCAAGAACCUUUUUUUUUCUUUUAAACCAAAACCAGGAGCCAGGCUGUGCCAUGACCCCUCCCCCAGCCGACCAGGUCCGAGCGCGGGCGUCGUGUGUCGUGAUUGUAGCAUGGAGGUCCCCCACCCUCGUGUGAGCGUGUUCCGGGAGGGCGGGUCCGGCCGCCCCCCUCCCCGCGUGUCCAUGAAUAAAGCCAAUCUGUCUGUA